GCUAGUUGAGGGCUGAUGGGCGGAGUGUUAGGAACAGGAUAAGUGCGGCCGGGGGGGAUCUGGCUUGGAAUGAUGCUGUGCGAUCUUGACGUAGAUACUAGGAGGAGGUAUAAGAGCUGGGAGAUGUGCUCUAUUUUGGAUCAGCUAGAGCUUUCUUGCUAGUCUAAGCUCCCGAGACUCCGCCGUUUCGUUCCCGCAGUUGCAAAGCAAUAUGGCGGCUUUUUUUACGCGCUUCCUCGCUCUCGCUGCUUCCCUCGCUGUCUCGUCGUCUGCGACUACUAUCGCUGAAAUCAACGGGCCCAAAUUCCUCUCUCCACUGAAGGACCAGGCCGUUUCCAAUGUCAGCGGUAUCAUUACGGCAAAGGGCCCCGAUGGGCUGUGGCUCCGCUCCAUCUACCCCGACCGCGAUGAGCGCACCUCCGAGUCGCUCUACGUCUUCGGCCGCGCAUUCGGCGCCAACUUGACCGUUGGCGACUCGAUUGUAGUGCGGGGGCAGGUCGCGGAAUACAGGAACAACAAAGACUACCUGUACCUGACCCAGCUGUCGCGUCCUGUCUUGGAGAAGAAAGUCAGCAGCGGAACCAAAGUGCAGCCCCUCGUUAUCGGCAAGGACACACGCGAUCCGCCCACGGAGCAGUACAGCAGCCUCGAUGGCGGAGAUGUCUUCGCCGUGCCGAACAAUGUCUCGCUGAUCAGCGUAGCGAACCCCGAGCUGCAACCGAAGACGUAUGGCCUGGACUUUUGGGAGAGCUUGUCCGGAGAGCUGGUCACGGUGCAGAAGCCGACUGCGCUCACAAAAGCCAAUCGGUUCGGCGAUACGUGGGUCGCGGGCAACUGGAAGGUCAGCGGGCGCAACGACCGUGAUGGACUGACUAUUACGGACAAAGAUGCGAAUCCAGAGGCCAUCAUCAUUGGCACGCCACUUGACGGGACCAAGAACCCUACCAGCACUCGCAUGGGUGAUUCCGUCGAGGAGAUCACUGGUAUCGUCAGCUAUGCGUUUGGUUUCUAUCGUAUUCUGCCCACCACUGCCAUCAAGAUCACCGACUCGCAAAAGCAGGAGCUCCCCAAGCCGACGAAGCUGGAGUCGAAGGGCAGGUGUAGUGGCAUUACAAUUGGAGCCUACAAUGUCGAAAAUCUCGCGCCCAACUCUUCGCACCACGGUGCUGUGGCCGAGCAUAUUAUAAAGUACCUGAGGAGCCCGGAUAUCAUCUUCGUGCAGGAAGUGCAGGAUGAUAACGGCCCUACAAACGACGCAAUCGUGUCCGCCAACCUCACGCUGACUACCCUGACGGCCGCCAUCAAAAGUGCUGGAGGACCAGCCUACACUUUCACCGACAUUGUGCCCGUCGACGAUCAGGACGGCGGCCAACCAGGCGGAAACAUUCGCGUUGCCUACCUCUACAAGCCCGAGCUGAUUCGGCUUUACAAGCCCAACCCAGGAGGCUCGCUCGACGCAAACGAAGUGCUUAAUGGACCAACGCUCAAGUACAACCCUGGCCGUAUUGAUCCUGCGAACAAGGCAUGGACAGCGAGCCGCAAGCCGCUGGCUGCGCAGUGGGAGGUGAUUAGCAAGAAGAGCAGUGCCAGCAAGGCAGACACGUUCUUCACGGUAAACGUGCACUUUGGCUCCAAGGGGGGAAGUAGCAGUCUACACGGCGAUGCGCGGCCGCCGGUGAACGGAGGAGUAGCCGACCGACUUGCCCAGGCGCAAAUCACAGCAAACUUCAUAAAGAACAUUUUGGCAAAGGACAAGGACGCUCGCAUCAUCACAGCAGGCGACUUCAACGAAUUUGCGUUUGUCGAGCCGCUGGAGCAAUACGCGCAGAUUUCCGGGCUCAAGGACCUGGAUGCCGUGGCUAAGAUUGACAAGCUGGAGCGCUACACCUACUUGUUCGAUAUGAAUGCGCAGCAGCUGGACCACAUGUUCGUGUCAGACUCGGUUGCAAAGUCAGGGGAGGCAAAGUACGAGCACAUACACCUUAACACGUGGCCAGAGUUGGCGUCCCAGGUGAGCGACCACGACCCGUCCGUGGCCAGACUAGAUGUGUGCGCCUAGACUGGUGUCCUGCGUGUAAUCAUUGCACGCGCAUUAGUGCAGGUGUAGAGAAUAGAUCAAAGUACAUGAAGAAGUAAUAAUGACUAUCAUGCCGUCUCACCU